CUGUCAACCAUGGUGAGAUGGAUGAUUACAAUGCUGCAGCAAUGAUUUUAUGUGGGAUCCCUCUUGAGGAACCGUUUCUACAGUAUCACCUGAAUAUACUUGUAAAAGCGGAAAAGAACAGGCUUGGAGAAGGGAAACUAUACUUAGAAGAUUGUUUCUACAUGAUGGGGACCGUUGAUCCCACUCGUACCCUUAAACCCAAUCAAGUCUGCAUUAUUCGUGAAAAUGGCCAAAUUACUGGGGAUGUGCUAGUUUAUCGAAAUCCAGGUUUACAUUUUGGGGACAUUCAAAUAAUGCAGGCCACAUUUGUUGAGGGACUAGAAUCUUAUGUUGGACAUGGAGAAUCUGCAAUUUUUUUCCCUUGUGUCGGUUCUCGUUCCGUUGCAGAUGAGAUAGCUGGAGACGGUUACAUGUAUUGGAUUUCAAAAAAUCCUCAGCUGUUGCAACAUUUUAGACAGAGAGACCCUUGGAUUCAAAGACCAGCAUCCAAUUCUGUCAGAUUGAGUUCUAGUGAACUUUCACAUGAGCAAGUUGAGGAAGAACUUUGUAAGCUAUGUCUGGAAACUCGGUUCCAACCAAGUAGCACAAUAGGUGUUGCAGCUGAUAGUUGGAUGGCACUCAUGGACCGCCUUUUGAUAUUAAGAAAUGACGUAAAACAUGAAAAGGAGGUGCAGCAAGUUAAAAUUAAUAUCCUUAAAUUGUCUAAUUUAUACUACAAGGCAUUAGAUGCUCAUAAGAAAGGUGGAGGAAAGAUCCAAGUUCCAGAGGAUUUGACUGCAGAUUUGUACCCGCACUACAUGAAUAGGUUCAAUAUUCGACGAGGUUUGCAGAUGUCAAAUAACUGAUAUGUCUGGGAUUGGUGAGUACUCC